UAUAGGACCUCUUGUGGCUUUGAGCCGCCUCAUCCACCCACGUUCCAGUCCCUAACCUAGCUGAAAAGUAGCCGAAUUUCGCCGAUCGGCGCUCGUUCUGAAUCACUCUGGACCCUUAAGAACAAAUUACUUGUUUCGUGCUCUUAUCCUUUCAAGCAUAUGUACCUUACCUAUCUAUUUGGUACCUAAGUAAUGGAUACUUUACUUCACAGCAACCUGUUACGCAGUUGCCACGCUACACAUAUCCUCGCUGGGGGUGUAAGAAUACUCACCUCUUUGGUCACUUCACCGAAGCCCCAGAGAUUCAAAGGCCCACCAGGCUACACAUAAUCAUGUUAAGAAGAAGGGGCCAGGCCCCAGGUCUUUGCUACGAUGUCCCCGUCGCUAUCAUACCUCUAGUCACAUCCAUUCUUUUCCUCAUAAGACUCUAUCGCUGGCAACAGUUUCACUAUUAUCAACUCCUCGACCUCUUCGACAAUACAAUGGAACAGACGCUCUCACGGUUCUCCAAAAAAAUCCAAGGACCUACCACCUUCACCAAGUUUGGCGAGCUUCCUCCCGAGCUACGCAUUAAGAUUUGGCAGGAAGCCAUGCCCGGUCCCAGAACCGUGGUUAUAAAAUCUCCCUAUGCAAGACAACAACAUAUACCCAAGUCACUAGAAGAGGCUAUAUUAGAAACACACGAUCAAGAGGAGACCUGGUAUUCAACUACACAGAUCCCUGCCCUCUUACACAUCAAUGCCGAGGCAAGACAUGAAGCACUCAAACACUACAAACUUUCACUUGGCGUAGGAAAAGGGCAACCGCGAAUCUACGUCGAUUUCAGGCGGGACACCAUUUUCUUUGGCAACUCAGAGCUCAAGCCCGAGUGCUCGGCGUUGUGGGCUUCAACGAAAGAUUUAGAUCAAGUGCAUCGUCUAGCAGUCGUCCCCGAGGGCGCGUGGAGGGUGCUGCGAUGGAAGAAUGUCGAUCUAAAUUCUUUAGAGAGGAUCAUCUUCGUUCACGACACAGAGAAACUUGAGCUAGGGCCUCUUCCCCAACUAAUUGAAGACGAGCCACAGGAGGUAGACACAGAGCUGCUCGAGGAGCAGGUGCAACGUUUAGAAGAGUUAGAGUCACCGCAGGAACCACAAGGAAACGUCAACAUAUUAGACCACAUGAAAAAGAGGAUGCAGGUAGCUCGAGAGGAGGUCAACACACUCAUGAUGGUCUUACCGACGCAAUGGGAGAGGGAGCCGGUGGUGUCAACCGCCGUGUUUAGGAAAAGUCGCGGUGAUAGGUGGUUGUGUUAAUUUAGUCGUUUUCAGAUUUUUGCAGCAGAACAAACCUUCUCAC